AUUCCCCUCCGUGUAGCCGGAUGAAGCUUCGGGAGGUUUGGCUCGACUUUCCUCGGUUUAAGGUGAAAUUUGGCCCAGAAGCGAAUCGAAGUCGCAGUCAAAGCGGGUCGGGAGCGCAGCGGAGCUAGACGAGACUGGUGUAAUUACUGGGACAAAAUGGCAGAGGGUGCAUCAAUGCCUGAGAAGCCUGAGGAUGAAGAACGAGAGAUGUACUCUACAACAUCGCUAAUGUCCCGCGGCCACGAGACGUUCUCUGCAACGUUGCCAACUUCCCGUGACUCUGAGACGUUCUCUGCAACGUUGCCAACUUCCUGUGACUCUGAGACGUUCUCUGCAACGUUGCCAACUUCCCGCGACUCUGAGAUGUUCUCUGCAACGUUGCCAGCUUCCCGCGACUCUGAGACGUUCUCUGCAACGUUGCCAGCUUCCCGCGACUCUGAGACGUUCUCUGCAACGUUGCCAGCUUCCCGCGACUCUGAGACGUUCUCUGCAACGUUGCCAGCUUCCCGCGACUCUGAGACGUUCUCUGCAACGUUGCCAGCUUCCCGCGACUCUGAGACGUUCUCUGCAACGUUGCCAGCUUCCCGCGACUCUGAGACGUUCUCUGCAACGUUGCCAGCUUCCCGCGACUCUGAGACGUUCUCUGCAACGUUGCCAGCUUCCCGCGACUCUGAGACGUUCUCUGCAACGUUGCCAGCUUCCCGCGACUCUGAGACGUUCUCUGCAACGUUGCCAGCUUCCCGCGACUCUGAGACGUUCUCUGCAACGUUGCCAGCUUCCCGCGACUCUGAGACGUUCUCUGCAACGUUGCCAGCUUCCCGUGACUCUGAGACGUUCUCUGCAACAUCACCAAUGUCUUGCAACCCGGAGACAUUCUCUACGCCAUUGCCAAUGUCCCGUGAUCCUGAGACGUUCUCUGCAACACUGUCAACAUCCUGUGACCCUGAGAUCUUCUCUACAACGUCAUCAAUGUCUCGCAACCCUGAGAUAUUCUCUGCGCCGUUGCCAAUGUCUCACGAACCUCAAACAUUCUCUGUGACAUUGCCAACAUCCUGCAGCCCUGAGACAUUCCCUACAACAUCACCAACAUUCUGCAAGCCUGAGACAUUCCCUACAACGUCACCAACAUUCUGCAAGCCUGAGACGUUCUCUACACCGUUGCCAACGUCUCGCGACCCUGAGACGCUCUCUGCAACGUUGCUAACGUCUCGCAACUCUGAGAAUUUCUCUGCGAUGUCGCCAACGUCUCGUGACCCUCAGACGUUCUCUGCAACAUUGCCAACAUCUCGUGACCCUGAGACGUUCUCUGCAACAUUGCCAACGUCUCAUGACCCUGAGACAUUAUCUGCAACAUCUGGUGAUCCUGACAAUUUCUCUACAACAUCAGCAACGUCCCAUGACCCUAAGGUGUUUUCUAAAAUAUUGCCAACAUCUUGCAACUCUGAGACAUCCUCUACGACACCACCAACGUCCUGUGAACCUGAGACGUCCUCUACAAAAUCGCCAGCGUCUUGCAAUCCUGAGGUGUUCUCUAGAACGUCACCAACGUCCCACAAGUCCAAAACAUUGUCUACAACUGUGCUGACGUCGCGCUCCAAAAAACCCUUUGUGAAGUCAGUGGAGACGGAUCUAUCCAUGGCUGACAUUGAGGCAAUCCAAGAAGAAAAUCACCACUUAAGGAAGAGGGUGGCGUCGGUGGUGAAGAAAAUAAAGCAGCGUGAGUUCUACAACCUAAGAAAGCGUGUGGAGGUUUCCGACCCGUCUAGGCUGCGCUCAGACUGUAACGGUAGGAGCAGACGUAAACAGCGGACCCCAUUAAAGCUGUGUUCACUGCGGAUGGUGGACUACACCGGGUCCGAAGAUGCUGAGGGAGCGGAUGGUGAGCUUCUGUCAGACGAAGAAGAGGAGGAAGAGGAGGAAGAAGAAGAAGAAGAAGAAGACGAUGUUUACAAAAUCGUUCCUCCACGGUCUAAAAGAAAGAAAAGGGAAGACUUGCCGUCCCGGCCGGCUCCCAAGAAGGAGAAGCGCUAUCACUGCCUGUACUGUGAGAAGAGCUUCUACAACUCUGGCAACCUUAAUGCGCACCACCGGAUUCAUACCGGAGAGAAGCCGUACAAGUGCUCGUACUGCGAGAAAAGCUUCACGCAGUCCGGACAGCUGAAAUACCAUGAGAGGAAGCACACCGGAGAGAAGCAGCCGGAGCCACGGAAGAAGAAGAAAGAGGGCAAGAAGAAUCUGGUCCCGUGCCCUUACUGCGGGAAGUGCUUUCCCAGCCAGUCGCACGUCAUCAUGCACCAGAGAAUUCACACCGGAGAAAGACCGUACGUCUGCUCGCACUGUGGGAAGAGUUUCCGACAGAAGGGCCGCUUGAGGGCGCACGAAAGGCUUCACACCGGAGAGCGUCCCUUCUCCUGCGCCGAAUGCGGGAAAACCUUCAACGAGAAAAAAGACUUCAAGAUACACCAGACUGUUCAUACCAAAGAAAAGCCUUACCUGUGCUCCGUGUGUGGGAAAAGCUUCUCCAGGCCUGACGGCCUUUACUUCCAUCAGAAGAUCCAUAGCGACGUCAGGGCCCACUUGUGCUCCCUGUGUGGCAAAAGCUUCAUCCGCCUGGGGGCGUUGAAGAACCAUCAGCGAACACACAGUGAUGAGAAGCCCUUCCUCUGUCCUCUGUGCGGAAAGUCCUUCAAGACGCCACCGUACCUGCAGAAGCACAUCCGGACACACUCCGGAGAGCGUCCCUACAGCUGCUCACUCUGUGGCGAGAGCUUCUCGCGCUCCGACAACCUUGUGAGCCACGAGAAGAGGCAUACUGGAGAAAGGCUGCACGAGUGUCCACGCUGCGACAAGGCCUUCAUCCUGCCUGAGCUUCUUGUGGCCCACCAGGAAGUCCACACCGGAGAAAGACCUUACCGCUGCUCUGUAUGCGGAGAAACCUUUAGCUACUCCGGGUCUCUGCUGACACACCAGAAGAAGCACACCGCGGAGGAACUCAGCGACAGCCCACAGCCAGACUCCCAAGAUGCCCAAGACCCCCAAGAACUUUAAAAACAAAUACCAAGUUCUCCUUUACCUCAAACGUAGUCGAUAACACAGCACACGUUUGGUGUCUCAACUUCUGCUUCGUUAGGUUUUUGCAGUGGAGCUUUGAGGCUAACGUAGCUAACGAGUCACAGAAUUUACUUCACCAGUUAGCAUGGUGCCUUAAUCGUCACACUUGCCUCAGACCUUUUGGAGAUGUUCAGUAAUCUCUAAUAGACCUUAUUGUGUGGUUUCUAUUGUCAAUAAACAAGGACAAAAACGAGUCCCUAGUGGUUCCCAGUAGUAAGGCUCCUCUCCAGUAUGUAUUAAAAACCCAAAAGCAUGGUUUCCCUCCAGUAAGAGUUUCCUUAUAUGUAUUAAAGCCAAGAGGCAAGGCUUUUCGCCAGUAUGUAUUCUUGUCCAUAUAGAAGCCAAUGAGUAAGGAUUCUCUCCGGUGUGUAUUGAAUCCCUGAGUUGCGUCGUCUUUACGGUAUGCAUUCCUCAUGGGUAUUAAAAACAAGAAGAGGCUUUUCUCCCGUUUGUAUUCUUGUCCAUGUUGGAGCACCCAAGUCUUCUCUCCACAGUGUGUGUUGAAGCCCAGACGCACAGCUUUUCAUCGGUAUGUAUUCUUGUUAUGUACUAAAGCCAGUGGAUACAUUUUCUCUUUGAUAUGUAUUCCAAAAGGUAAGGCUUCUCUCCAGUAUGAAUUGCCGGUAUGUAUUGAAGCCGAGAGGCAAGUCGUCUCUGCGGUAUGCAUGCAGUUAUGUUUAUGUAUGCAAGCUCAGCAGCGAGGCUGUCUCCAGUAUGAGUUCUCUGUAUGUGUCAAACCUAAUGGGUCGGGCUUCUCUCCAGUAUGGAUUCUUUGCACAUUCUGAAGCCCGGACGCAAGGCCUCUCUCCGCUGUGUAUUUCUUACACGUAUUGAAGCUCAGCAGUGAGGCUUGUAUUUUUGGUAUGUGCUGAAGCUCAGAGGUACAGCUUUGGUUUGUGUUUUCCAGUAUGUAUACUUUGCACAUAUUCAAAGGCCGAGGUAAGCCUUGUUUUCUCCUGUAUUUGUUUAUGCAUUUAUAUAUAUCCUAAAAUCAAAAGGUACUGCUUUUUCUCAGUAUGCUUUGAAGCCUAGUCACAUCCUUUCUCCAAUAUGUGUUCUUUAUAUGUCUUAAAACCAGCAGGCAGUUGUUCUCCAGUAUGUAUUCUUUGCAAAUCUUCAAACCCAUAGGCAUGGCUUUUCUCCAGUAUGUAUAUUUGUAUUCAUGUAAGCCCAGAUAUAAGUUUUUUUUUUUCUUCAGUAUAUAUUUGUCUGUCUUAAAGCCACUAGGCCAGAGAUGAGGCUUUUUCUCCAGUAUGUACUUUGUCAUAUUACCAAUCAUCAUAGUAGGUACGGUUUUCUUUCCAGUAUGAAUUUUUUUUCCAGUACAUAUUCUUUGUCUGUCUUAUAUCUAAUAGGCCUAGCUUUUCUCCUGUAUGUAUUCUUUGUGUAAAAGGCAGUAGGCAUGGAUUUUCUCCAGUAUGUAUUUCUUUUUGUGUGUAUUUCAGCCCAGAGAAGUCUUUUUAUCCAGUGGUUAUUCUCUGUAAGUCUUAAAGCCAAUAGGUGAGGCUCCAGUAUGUAUUCUUUCAAAGUCUUAAAGUCCAUAUUGUUUUCAAGUUCUUCACAUGGUAAGACUUCUGUUGUAUGUGGCUGGUGUCACUGGCGGAUCCUUCAGUUACAGACCUACACACCGCGGCCACUUUAUUAGAAACCCCCUCCAUUUUAGUUACGCUGGUGUACAUAUUUAGCAACUCGAUGAUACGGUUUGAGGCAAGUGUGAUUUAAUCGUGUGUGCAGUUAGCAUGAUGCUAACUGGUGGGGCAUACGCUCCCAUUACUCGUUAGCCAUAUUAGCCUUGUAGCUGAAGUGCUAAAACUAAAGAAGCUAACUUCGGACACCAAAUGUGCUCCGGCUGAUCGACUACAUUGGAGGUGAAGUGUGUACAUUUGAUUUGUUUGCCAAACUUUCGCUUUAUUUGACUUUGGUGUUGAAACGCUGAGGUGAACGAGCAUAAAAAGGACCAGGUGAUGAGACGGACUCUGUUCAGACUGGUGGAUCAUUCAGGAGUUGUUUUUAUAUUAUUAUUGUUUUGUAUUGCAAAUUCAGGAAACGUUAACUGCCUAAAUAACAUUCAUGCCGAAAUCACAUCUGCUUGCUUUCUAACAUUCUGCUCACUCCUCUAGUGGAACUGUCCAUGUUGAUUUUUCUCUGUUCAGCAGACUCAAUACUGUAUAUUCACCAUUCGGCUCCAUCCGCUUUUACCUUGUAUCUUAAUGCAGUUUGACAGGAAGUAUUUCAAGGCUUUUAAUUUCAUUCAGGACUUUUAUAUUAAAAGAUGAUGACUGAUUAUAACUCAUGAAUUGGUUGUAAGUGUUACGCAUUGGUUAGUUCCUGCUGAAAGGUUGCAGUCGGAGUACACAGCAAUCCAGAUUUUAUGUGCAAACAGGUUGGACUGUGUCAUCAAUAUGAGUGAGAGUUUCCAUAUAAUGUCCAUUACAGAGCAUUUCUACCAGAAUACAGGAAUAUGUCAUACAUGUUGGACUGUACGUUUUAUUUUAUUAAAAAAAUUAACUCAUUUUUCUUUGCGGCUGUUUGAAAUCCAUUAUUCUUACACAAUAAAUGUCUGUUUUUCUAAGAAA